CCAUUUUCCAUGUUAUUCUCUUCGCCAGUGUUUAACCAAUUUUGAAUGCAUCAAUUUCUAAUAAUUUGUUAGAUUUGGGUUAUUAACUUCCCGGCUUCUCCAGCUACGUGCGGAGGGAUCUUAUCUCCGUAAUAAGCCAAGGGGCCGCCUUGUUCAGACAGCCAUGUACAUCAAACAGGUCAUCAUCCAGGGGUUCCGAAGUUACAGGGACCAGACUGUGGUGGAUCCUUUCAGCCCAAAACACAAUGUCAUCGUGGGAAGAAAUGGAUCAGGAAAAAGUAACUUUUUCUAUGCCAUCCAGUUUGUGCUCAGUGAUGAGUUCAGCCACCUGCGACCUGAACAGCGCCUGGCCCUGCUCCACGAGGGAACUGGUCCUCGUGUCAUUUCGGCUUUUGUGGAGAUUAUAUUUGACAACUCUGACAACCGGCUUCCGAUCGACAAAGAGGAAGUCUCCCUCCGCCGUGUCAUUGGCGCGAAGAAGGACCAGUACUUCUUAGACAAGAAGAUGGUGACUAAGAACGACGUCAUGAACCUUCUGGAGAGUGCCGGCUUCUCUCGCAGCAACCCCUACUACAUCGUCAAGCAGGGAAAGAUCAACCAAAUGGCCACAGCUCCGGACUCCCAGCGUCUGAAGCUGCUGAGAGAGGUGGCGGGAACACGCGUGUAUGAUGAGCGCAAAGAGGAGAGUAUUUCUCUCAUGAAGGAGACAGAGGGGAAGCGAGAGAAGAUCAAUGAGCUAUUGAAGUACAUCGAGGAGCGUCUGCACACCCUGGAGGAUGAGAAGGAGGAGCUGGCUCAGUAUCAGAAGUGGGACAAGAUGAGAAGAGCCCUGGAGUACACCAUCUACAACCAGGAGCUCAACGAGACUCGCGCCAAGCUGGAUGAGCUUUCCAGCAAGAGAGAGACCUGUGGAGACAAAUCCAGACAGCUGCGCGAUGCUCAGCAAGAUGCCCGGGACAAAGUAGAGGAAACGGAGCGUGUCGUGCGAGAGCUGAAGUCCAAGAUCUCUGCCAUGAAGGAGGAGCGAGAGCAGCUCGGGGCCGAGCGCCAGGAGCAGAUCAAGCAGAGGACCAAGCUCGAGCUGAAGACCAAGGACCUGCAGGACGAGCUGGCAGGCAACAGCGAACAGAGGAAACGCCUGCUGAAGGAACGUCAGAAGCUGCUGGAGAAAAUCGAGGAGAAGCAAAAAGAGCUGCAGGAGACUGAACCCAAAUUCAACAUGGUUAAGGAGAAAGAGGAGCGGGGCAUAUCCAGACUGGCCCAGGCUACCCAGGAGAGGACAGACCUGUACGCCAAGCAGGGCCGAGGCAGCCAGUUCACCUCCAAGGAGGAGAGGGACAAGUGGAUCAAGAAGGAGCUGAAGUCUCUGGACCAGGCCAUAAACGACAAAAAGAGGCAGAUCGCAGCCAUCCACAAAGACCUGGAGGACACGGAGACCAACAAGGAGAAGAACCUCGAGCAGUACACUAAACUCGAUCAAGAUCUUAAUGAGGUGAAGACCCGCGUUGAGGAACUGGACAAAAAAUAUUAUGAGGUGAAGAACAGGAAGGAUGAGCUGCAGAGCGAAAGAAACUACCUGUGGCGCGAGGAGAACGCAGAGCAGCAGGCCCUGGCCGCCAAACGAGAAGACCUGGAGAAGAAGCAGCAGCUCCUCCGAGCGGCCACCGGCAAGGCUAUUCUGAACGGCAGCGACAGCAUCAGCAAAGUCCUUGAGCAUUUCCGUCGCAAGGGUAUCAACCAGCAUGUCAUCAAUGGUUACCAUGGCAUCGUCAUGAAUAACUUUGAGUGUGAGCCUGCCUUUUACACCUGUGUCGAGGUGACUGCUGGAACCAGGCUGUUCUAUCACAUUGUGGAGACUGACGAGGUCAGCACCAAAAUACUGAUGGAGUUCAACAAAAUGAACCUGCCUGGAGAAGUCACCUUCCUGCCCCUGACCAAGCUGGAUGUCAGGGACACGGCCUACCCAGAGACCAACGAUGCUAUUCCCAUGAUCAGCAAGCUGCGCUACAGCAACACCUUCGACAAGGCCUUCAAGCACGUGUUCGGGAAGACUCUGAUCUGCCGCAGCAUGGAAGUCUCAACCCAGCUGGCCCGAGCCUUCACCAUGGACUGUAUUACUCUGGAGGGUGACCAGGUGAGCCACCGCGGAGCUCUGACAGGAGGUUACUACGACACCAGGAAGUCUCGCCUGGAGCUGCAGAAAGACAUGAGGAAGGCGGAGGAGGAGCUGGGGGAGCUGGAGGCCAAGCUCAAUGAGAACCUGCGCAGGAACAUCGAACGUAUCAACAAUGAGAUCGACCAGCUGAUGAACCAGAUGCAGCAGAUCGAGACCCAGCAGAGGAAGUUUAAGGCGUCCAGAGACAGUAUCCUGUCCGAGAUGAAGAUGCUGAAGGAGAAGAGGCAGCAGUCAGAGAAGACCUUCAUGCCCAAGCAACGCAGCCUGCAGAGUCUGGAGGCCAGCCUCCACGCCAUGGAGUCCACUAGGGAGUCACUGAAGGCCGAGCUGGGCACAGACCUGCUCUCUCAGCUCAGCCUGGAGGACCAGAGGCGCGUCGAUGACCUCAACGACGAGAUCCGCCAGCUUCAGCAGGACAACAGACAGUUGUUGAACGAGAGGAUUAAGCUGGAGGGCAUAAUGACCAGAGUGGAAACGUAUCUCAACGAGAACUUACGGAAGCGCCUUGACCAAGUGGAGCAGGAGCUGAACGAGCUGCGAGAGACUGAGGGAGGCACCGUGCUCACAGCCACCACCUCUGAGCUGGACGGCAUCAACAAACGUGUCAAAGAGACUCUGUCACGAUCAGAAGAUCUGGAUACUUUGGUUGACAAGAUCGAGAUUGAGAUCAAGGACCACAUAAAGAGCAUGGAGCGCUGGAAGAACAUCGAGAAGGACCAGAACGACGCCAUCAACCACGACACCAAGGAGCUGGAGAAGAUGACCAACAGGCAGGGCAUGCUGCUCAAGAAGAAAGAGGAGUGCAUGAAGAAGAUCCGAGAGCUCGGCUCGCUGCCUCAGGAGGCCUUCGAGAAGUACCAGACCCUCACACUCAAGCAGUUGUUCCGUAAACUGGAGCAGUGCAACACAGAGCUGAAGAAGUACAGCCACGUCAACAAGAAAGCUCUGGAUCAGUUUGUGAACUUCUCUGAGCAGAAGGAAAAGCUCAUCAAGCGCCAGGACGAGUUGGAGCGCGGCCACAAAUCCAUCAUGGAGCUCAUGAACGUCCUGGAGCUGCGCAAGUACGAGGCCAUCCAGCUCACCUUCAAACAGGUGUCGAAGAACUUCAGUGAGGUUUUCCAGAAGCUGGUGCCCGGAGGCAAAGCUACACUGGUGAUGAAGAAGGGUGAUGCUGAAGGCAGCCAGUCUCAGGACGAGGGUGAGGGCGGGGGAGACAGUGAGAGGGGCUCCGGCUCCCAGAGCAGCGUUCCUUCAGUGGACCAGUUCACCGGAGUCGGCAUCAGGGUGUCGUUCACAGGGAAGCAGGGGGAGAUGAGAGAGAUGCAGCAGCUGUCUGGAGGUCAGAAGUCUCUUGUGGCUCUGGCCCUGAUCUUUGCCAUCCAGAAGUGCGACCCCGCUCCAUUCUACCUGUUCGAUGAGAUCGACCAGGCCCUCGACGCCCAGCACAGGAAGGCUGUCUCAGACAUGAUCGUGGAGCUGGCCGGCCACGCCCAGUUCAUCACCACCACCUUCAGGCCCGAGUUGCUCGAGUCUGCUGACAAGUUCUACGGAGUCAAAUUCAGAAACAAGGUGAGUCACAUCGAUGUGAUCACAGCGGAGCAGGCCAAAGACUUUGUGGAGGAUGACACCACCCAUGGUUAAAAGCCCUCAACUCUUCAUCCUCUUCCUCCUACUCCUCUUCCUCUACAGUGCACUGUGUAGCUUGAAGCCUUCCAGGACAGAAAUAUGUUGCUCGAUACACCAGCCUGUUUUUGGCUUUCUGUUAAGGAUAGACAAUGAACAUCCACCAAGACUGCAAUAUGAUUGGACAUGUUUUGAUAACAUUCAGAAAAUCCCAUUUUCUUUUCUUUCUAGGCUGAUAAAACCAAACAUUGGAAAAAAAAUGUGAUUUCAUUGCAAACAAAAAAUAGCAUGCAGGGGCCAUUUGUUUUGUCACAUUCCCUACAUUGCUAUGCCUCUCGUAAAACAACCACCCUCUAUCUGAAAACUGACACAACUUUAGGUGUUUAACACUGAAGAAUUUUGGCUAAAGAGGUCUGGAAGAAAAUGGUCUGGCAAAAAAGUCUUAGCCGAGUUUUGGUAAUCUGUUAUUUGAAUUGCGAAGUGCAAGAGAUGCUGUUAAAUGUCUUCAGGACCUUUUUAGACCGCAAAUCAUCUUCUGUACAGUUCUUUUUUUAUAUGACUUGGAUGACGAUUGUUAAAAGCUCAGUGGAGAUGGGAGGGUCUCAGGCUGAUCUAGAUUUCUGUUUUUGUUGUCACCCUUGUAAAACUUGUUUUUGUUCACGCAGAGGUUUCUGUAACUUUACUCUUUAUACUCCUGAAACAAUGCUAACCUUUAUCUGUCAUAACCAGCCACAUGGCUUAAAAUGUUUAAAGGUUGUGGUUCCUUUUUAUGGUUGUUUCUGUAAUGUGUUAUUUCCUGUUUUUAGGUCAUUUAAGUAUAUGAAUGGUUUAAAUCCAAACCACAGAUAUCCAAUGUAGAAUUUAACGCAGCUCCACAUUCAACAAUUCAGAAGCAGAAGAUAUUCAGAGGUGGUUCCAUUUCUAUUCACUUCAGUAGAGGUUGUGCUUUUCUGGAAUACCAAGUUGUAAUUUAUCAUUUCAUUUACUGGAUGAAUUGUUCGGGAUUAAACUCCUCAUAUGUUGCACCUAGUUUCAAAUCUACUUUUUAAGUUGUUUAUGUUCAUUUACAUGUAACGAGAAAACCUACAAAAAUAAUAAAAUAUUUCAAAAAUAAAACAAUGUCAUGCUUAAUAAGGCCACUAGAUGGCGCUGCGCCACUGAUAGCUGACCUGAAAUGUAUGAUGCAUUGUUCAAGAGGAUUUCACAGAAUCGGUUGUUUUAAUAUUAAUGUAACAUGGUGUUGCAGAUAGUAAGUUUUAUCAGCAGAUUACCAAAUUCCAAAUACGAAACCUUUUUGUCGUACAUUAAAUCUUU